GUAGCAACAGAUGUUAUAUUUCUUUUUAAGAAUAAAGAUUUUAAACAAAAAAGUUUUAUCAGCAAGAUAAACUCAAAAGUAGAGUAUUUGCACGCUUCAUUCGUCAAAAGAUUACAAAAAUCUACGUGGAAAAUGGGAAAGAAGAGCAAAGAAAACAAAAAUGCCGAGAAGCAGUCCAACGAAGCAACUAGCAGCGAAACCAACUACAAAUAUUAUUUCUUCUUGUUUAUAUUCAUGUUYCCUUCGCUUGCAUGGAUCGUUAGCGUGGCUGGAGACGUGGUUAAUAAUGUUGGUGGCGUCUUUGGCAGCAUUGCAAACGGAGCUGUAAUCUCCGCACCAAUUGUAUUACCAAUUGUUAUAGCUAUUUACUCRAAGAAACUACGUACUUUCAUGUUGAAAGGAGUUCUUCCUGUAGCCUUUGCAGUGCUUAUCUUCCCCUCGAUACAAGUAUAUCUAUGCUCGCCUGUGUAUCUUAAGAAUGAAGAUCUUGGUACCAAGCAUAGCCUUCAAGUUAAUGCAGAUACUUUCUUGAGAGAGAGUUGUGUUGAAAAAUGCUUAAAACCUUCCAAAAUACCUUCAGCUUAUCAACUGGCUUUAUUCACACCAAGGGUUGCAGUAAGGGUCCAGUACCGACAGAUMCUUGAUCUYAACCUYACAACAUCWGUGCGCACUGGAGGGAAAGUUGUCAAAGUUGCUAAGCUGUUGCUGCUUCCGUCGUGGCGAAAAGUAAAAGGGAAGUACCAUGCUUUGAACCUCAUUGCUCGUAUUCCACUAAAAGUGAAAAAGCUUGACCAGGCACUAAAGGACAAGAAUGAUAUGAUCUUGACUGGRAAAGUUGUGAAUUUACCAAAUGACCUCAAACAACUGAAGUCUGGACUCGAGAAGCAAAGAAGGUUUGUCAGGCCGAUUAUCCUUGAAGUGUUCCGAGUCACUCCAAUCGAAGCUGAACAACCUGAGAAAGGAAAUGACAAAGAGAAAGAAACAAAAGAAAAAGAAGAGAAAGCUAAGAAAGGUGCCGAGAAAGAGAAAGAACCCAAACAGAAAAAAGAKGAACCCAAGGCAAAGGAGGAUGAAAAGAAAGAGGAGGAAGGAUCGACCCCAGAUGAAGAAAUAAAUGAAGAAGAUUAUGUUUCAGUGGAUGACGAGCCGGAGGAAAUCAUAGUAGAUGAAUAGCAUUCUUUAAGACAAUUUAUAACAAUUUAUUUUAAAAAACUGAAUAUGGAAUUCAGAACAUUUUGAACAAGCAUUCAACCCACUGCUGGAAAGAAAAAGAUCAACAAGGGUCAGAWAUCUUUAUGAAUAUAUAAGUAAUUUUUCCUAGAUUUUUAAUAAAUAGUUCAAUAUAGUGGAACCCUGUUGAUCYGRCCAUUUUAAAAWGGGACAUUGAAAAGUGGUCGCAUUAACUGGGCAGAAAAGAAUUCARUGUUUAAAGGCCCACAUUUUGCACGAAUUUCUCACAUACRAAAAUUCAACAUCUUUAAUUUUGAUCAGAAAACACCUUUAAASAAGAGAUCACUUGUAAAAGMAAAGAAACGAACGCAAAGAUUCUUGGUUGAAUGUUGGCCUUUAAUUCACCUGAACAUAAAAACCUUCUUCUUGUUGUAMGAAGGGUGAAGACCGCUAUCCAUAUUGGACAAAUCCUUAUUCAGCAGAUAAAAUCCUUACAAAAUAAGGAGUKGAUAAGUUUAAAUGGUGGAUAACUUUAUCCACUCUUUGUAUAACCAAUCCCUGGCUAAUAUUAUGAAGUGGCUAUAUUAGUCAAGUAGCCCUAAGGCAGGGUUCCACUGUACUCUAUUGUAYUGAAAUUACUUGGUCGGGGUACCAGAAAAGAGACAAUUUUCUGAAUAUGAAGGCUCAAAAUUGUGUUACCUGAAUCACAUUUUAAUCUACAGUUUGGAUAAAAUUAUUAUACUAUUGAUUUUAGAGUGCAAGCAUUAAAAGCAUGAAAAGGUACUAACCAAUUAGUGCAAGAUAGCACUACAGUCAACUCUCGCUAUUACCUGAUUACGGACACCUUCUGCACUGUAAUUUAGUUUACAGUAGCGAGAGUCCAUAAUAAUGGGAGUUAUUUUCAGUCAUUUCGUUGUAUUUUUUGUUUUUGUUUUUGUUUGUUUUUUUUUUCAUUUUUUGACGGGGAUUCUUUAUUUCGCGACUGUAAUAUUGAGGUGUCUGCAAUAGCGGGGUGUCCAUAAGGCGAGAGUUGACUGGAAAUAGUGUAGAUUAGAGAAWAGAAAACAAAGGAUUUCACAUAGUUAUAUGCAAAUAAUUUUGAAUGAUAGGUUAAAAUUGAACAAUAAUUUGCAUUAACUAUACUAACAUAUA